AUGGAUUCGAGUGCAACGGGGAUGACCCUCCGUCGGCAUAGGGUUGCCGCAAUGAGCGAGGUGUCACCAACUAGUUUUAUCAAUGAUGAAUGGCGCACAGCCCCGUCGCCCCAGUGGCAGAACGCGACAAGCGGCGUGCACGGGAAAAGCUACGCAAUGAGCGAGCUUUGGCGCGGGAAAAGGAAGGGCAACACUCCCCGCCUAGUGGCGCUGCCUCCCGCUCAUUCGCACUCGGCCGCCCGCGGUGAACGCACGUCUACUCAGCUCCCGGUCCGCGGGCUACGAUCGCGCAAGAAACUUUUUCGCCGCCGCGGCGAACUGUCCGUUGCGAGUUCG